AUGAUGGGAGAAAGAAAGCAUUCCUUGAUUUGUUGCUUGAGGUGCAGGCUGAAGGAAACCUCUCCUACGAGGAUAUCCGUGAAGAGGUCGAUACUUUCAUGUUUGAAGGGCAUGACACUACUGCCUCUAGUAUGGGUUGGACACUGUGGUGUGUAUCUUGUCAUCCAGAUAUUCAGAAGAAGAUUCACGAUGAAAUGGAUGAUAUCUUCGGCUCGUCAGAUCGUAGUUGUACAAACGAAGACCUAA